AUGCGAGACUUUUGGAACUAUCCCGGCUGCGUUGGACUGAUGGUGUUGGCGAUCUUGACAGGCAGAGCCGGAGCCAACCUCGAAGACGAGUAUCAGGUCCUUCGGCUUGAGAAGAAUCACAAUAUAUUUCGCCAUCCCAAGAGAGAGGCUUCUUGUGAAAUGACCGACUGGUCAUUUUGUCCGGCUUCGGUGGGCGGCGGUUGCUGUCCGAACAACUUCGAAUGCGAUGUGUCGUCCUGCUACGCCACAACCGCGGGUCCGACGACGGCGUGUGGCCAUGUCGGAUGGUACAGCUGUCCAUUGACAGCUGGGGCAGGAACUUGCUGUCGCGUUGGCUACAUAUGUGAUCCCAAUGGGGGUUGCCCACCACCUGCGGGAGUAUCGGUUACGCAAACGUGCCCGACGAGCUACUUUGCAUGUCCAGCCUCUCUUGGUUUUGGGUGUUGCCAGGACGGCAAGAUCUGCGGCUCGGGCGUCUGCUACGAUAGCACUCCAACAACCUUGCCAGUCAGCGACACGACGACAAUCACGAAUUCAAAUGGCGAUACUAUCACGACCAUCGUCACGAGUAUGGUGGUCAUCACACCCGGCCCCGACAUCUCGUCCAGUGCUGCUGGCGUCGCAGCAGUCCCCAAGCUGGUCCCUAGUACCGUAUCGAAGAUGGAUUCUGUUGAGACUGGCAGCAGCAGUGGUGGCAGUGAUGGCCUGUCGUCAAGCGCGCUCGGCGGGAUUGUCGCUGGUGUUGUGGUUGUACUGGUUGCUAUCACAGUCGCAGCUUGCUUCAUCAUCAUGCGUCUGAAGAAGACGGAAAGGGCCGCCAAAGCUGCCGAAGCCGCUGCCGAAUCCCGACGGGAAUCUUCAAGCGGUCAACAGCGAUCGCACAAGCCAGGCUUUGGACGACCAUCUGUGUCUGAGGUGGACGGCACUGUCGACAUUGACCCCUUAUCCAUCAUGCGGCCGUCACCACAAUUUCGAUCUCGGUCUGACUCAAGCGCGGGCAAUAGGUCGCGAUCUCGGACCCCUGACAUGCGUGGUUCGGGCACAUCGUCACCGCCCGCUUGGCCAGGCCCGUACAAUCCCGCUCCGGUCUCCGACGCCUCAGAUGGACGCCAGUCAAGCCAGUCCUCCUACGCUCAGCAGGAAGCGCGAUAUGGCCAGCAGUCUCCGCCCCUGGGACGGGUCAGCUACGAGUCCCAGACAUCAAACGUGCAAAGGCACACGCGGAAGUCAAGCGACGCGAGCGAACUCGAUGGCGUACCUUUAUCGGAGCUCGACACUCUUGAGGCCAGCGAGGCGGCAUCACGACGGCGGUCUAGCAGCGCGACGCGACCGACCAGGGCUAAUGUGAGGCGGAGCAGUGAUCCGUCAGGGCACUCUCGUGGGCGUGGGGAUAGUGUGACUGCCGCCAAACCACCGCUGCAUACUGUCAGUGAAACGUUCGAGCUUCAUGGUCAUUAUGGACCGCAUAGUCUUGUGGCUGGACAGACGGCAGCUAGGUUGAGCAGGUCGACGGCCAGCUCUGCACCGAACUACGGCCCUGAAUGA